AUGAGACAUUGCUUGAGAGCACUUCGGGGUCGUCAUCGCCCACCUCACCGAGAUCUGCCGAAGAAGUGGCGUCUACCAGUUCCUCGUAGUCAUCUGAGCUUGCUGCUACCGAGCUUGUCGAUAUCGCUAGACCCUUCGACUGCAGGGAAAGUAAGUACUCAAGACAUCUGGAAAGGUACUUCGUUCACCGCUGCCGGGAAUAAGCCAUCUUGUUUCCAGCCAGCGCCAGCCGCAGACCUCGAGGCAAAGUCCAAGGGGAAGUCUCCAGUCGUAACACUGCACCCAGCAGAAGUAAAGAAUACGCCUAAGAACCCAGAGGCAGGGCAACGCGGCGAAGCCACAGAUGCCCGGAAAGAAGCCGCCUCUGGCACAACCAGAGAGACUUUUUUGCCUAUGCAGUUUCAUGAAUUCAAUUUUGGAGGAAACAGUGACCCAGUCUCUUUCACUGGUUCGUUGCCGUCCUUCCCAGCACAAGUCUCUCAGCCUACGUCGACGGGUAUAUUUUCGUUUGAGCGACAGAGUCCUCCAUUGGUGACCAUCCAACCGAAAGAGAAGACAGCUGAAGAUGGCGUACCGAAGGAUGUGAAUCCUGAGGAGAACAUGCCGAAGGAGAAGGUGCCUGAGGAAGGGGUGCCCAAGGAGGAGACGCGGGAGAUUGAUGCGCCUGAGAAUGAGUCACCUCAAGAGAAAAAACUCAGAGAAAAGAAGCUGAAGAAGAAGAUGUUGAAAGAGGAAAGCGCCCGCAAGAAGGAGACGCCCAAGUACACCCGGACCGCAUCCGAGCCCAGCCGGAAUCAAAAGCGGCGAAGAAAGAGUAAAAGAAAGCUGCUAGAAAAAGCAGAGAGAGAAGCCCACAGUGCGAACGCACAAGCGAGUAGACGCGUUCAGCAGGCUUUGAUGAUGAGGUGA